GACCCUCCACUCCAUCUUCUUUUUCUUAUCUUACUCUACUUGUGUCUUCCUCAUUGCAUCCCUUGCCUAUCAUCAUCCAGGUAUGCGCUUGGAGAUUGCCGUCGUCCUUUACUAGAGUCAGCUGAGAUUGUGGAAGACAUUGUACAUCGCCAAAUGACAAGCCUGUUACAGCGUGCAGCAGAUGUUUGCAACAUGCGCAAUGCUCGUUUUAUCAGCAUUGAGGACUUCAUCUUCCUGAUGCGCAAUGACAGAAACAAGCUUCGGCGACUGAUCCGGUUCCUUAACAACAAGGAUCAAAGGCAGAAGUUCGCUAAGUUGAUGGGUACAACGGGAGAUGAUGAUGAACCAGGAGAGAUAGAUCAGAGAGCAUUCUGCAGACGACGGAAAAUCUCCUACGAUUUCCUGAGCGCACUUGACCAGACAGGAGAGUUGAUUUCAUUGAUUGACAAUGAUGAGAUUGAUCCAGUCAGGAUGGAGAAAUUGGAACGGGCGGAGCUGAAGACCAAAUACAUGGACAGCACCACAUACAAAGAGUACACAGAGGCUCGGCAAGUCAGCUUUGCUAAGAAGGGCUCUAAGUUCAAGGAAUGGUUGGAUUAUUCAACCUUGGAGCCCAAACCAAACCCAUUUGCGCUGGAGAUUCUGCAGUAUCUAGCAUAUGAAGCAGUAGCUCAGAUAAUGGAGCUUGCGUUUCUAUCCCGUAGAGACAUGCAAGCAUCCCCAUGGGACCCCCUGACUAAAACCUCUGCUUCUCUGUGCUCUAAUAACCUCCCCUCUCCCGGUCUCUUCCUCAACAAAUCCACUAAGCCUUCUCCAGCUUCAACGCCACUACAAUCACCAACUUCAUCACCUACAUCCCCAAACAGCAAGAUGGUAUCACCCUUUUUGUCCUCCAGUGCUGGAGGUGCUGCACUGAAUGCCUCAAUGAACAGCAGUUCUUCAGACAGUUCAUUCCAUGCACAGGGGGAUUCAAAAGCUGGAGGGCACAGUGUUUCUAAGUCAAAAUCAAAGAGGAAGAAAAAGCCCAGUGGAUCUUCAUUGUUAGCAUUAAUUCAGUACCGUGCCAUCAGACCUAUGCACAUCAGAGAAGCCUACAGGAGGUUUCAUGAAAGCUCUACACCAAUGGCAACAUUUUGUAAAUACGCAAGUCAACCUGAAAAGACAAAAUAUCUGGUUUGCUGACAGUAUCAUGGAGAGUUUGUUCUUUUAUUCUAUUGAGGCCGACAUCCUACAAGAUGAAUAUAUUAAAGGUUUCCUUUAAGAUAGUUCUUCAUAAAAUUCAAAACUGUUUGUAACAUAACUGUACAAGAAUCCUCAACUCAAAUUCUUGACUUGGAUUUGUCAUGUAUGAUAUAGUACAGCUGAUGUGGCGACAUUCCAUGUAAUUUUUCAUUUCGUUAAGACAAACUGUAGGAAGGUACAACUCUGUUAUUAACAACCAAUGCUUUGAAAGUGUUAAGGUAGAGAUGUGAAAUGUACAUCGUAGCAACACAAAUAAACAAGUACACAAAUAAACAAAUUUGUACAAGGUACUUUAUUUUAAUAUCCUGUUCAACUCAAAACUUAAAUUAUUGUGUGGCAUGAAUUGCUUAACAAAAACCACGGCUAACAAACAAAAAAAACGUUAUAAAAUUUGUACAGCUUGUUUCCUUCACACUGCAGUAAUUAUAAAAAUGUAAAUAUGUUGUAUGUACAGGGUUUUUUGUCAAGAAAUACUGCAUAAAUAUGUUAAUAGGAAAACCUUGUAUAAAUAUACUUAAAUGGACGGCAUCCCAUAAUAGAUAAAAAUCACACUAAGUUUCAAAUGCAUUUUUUUAAUUUAAUAUGUAACAACUUUUGAUGGAAUUUUAUUUAAUAGGGCCAUACACUUUUAUCAAAAGGAUUAAUACAGUAAACCAUAAACAAUACUUUUACAAUAAUUACACAAACUAUUCAGUUUGAUCAAAAUGAAUGAUAUUAGAAUGGAAAGUAUCACAUAACAGGCAGGAUAGUCUUCCUACUUUCAUCAGAUUUCCCCCUUUUUAAUGACCCUCAGAAAUGGUUAAAGAUGCCAUGUCAGAUUUUUGGCCCCAAACAUUAAAAAAUAGAUUUUUUUGAGUGAAUGGUAUUUCAAAGAGUAUCACCCGCUCU